AUGAAUAACAUUUCAUUAACAAAAGAAAUGAUUAAACAGUUAAUACAAGAUGAUGAUAAAAGUUUAACAUUUGUGAAACCGAAGACGGCAUCAUCACAUGUUUGGAAAAAAUAUAGUUAUAUAUAUGUCUCUAACAAGAAGCAAGAUUUUGUGUCUUGCGACGAAUGCAAAGAAGUUUUACAUCACAUAUCAACGGAUGGCACGAGUUCUAUGAUAAAACACCAAAAAUCGUGCCAAGGAUCUCACAAGAACAAUCAACAUGAAUCUUUUACCAUUAAGGAAUAUUUUCGUCCUAAAAUAUCUGCAUCAAUACCACGAGCAAUAAAGGAAAAAAUUACAAAUGCAGCUGUUGAACUAGUCUCUUUGGAUAACCGUGCAUUUGAACUUAUUUCUGGAGAUGGUUUUAUUAAUUUUGCACAAACUGUACUUGAUGUUGGACAAAAUUUAUCUAAUAAGCAAAACCAUAGUAUUGCCGAUUUCUUGCCGCAUCCAACAACCGUAAAAAAACGUAUUCAAGAUGUUUGGACGUUGCAGAAUAUCCACUAUAUAAGUACCUUUCUUCAUCCAUCUAUGAAAAAUUUUCAUAUUAAUCCUGAUUUACAUGAAAAAGCUAUUGAAUUGGUACAACAAGAAAUUUUGAAGCGAAAGCCAGCAUCACCAUCUAAUACAUUUGAAACAGUUACAACAACACCUAUUCGUACAAACGCACCUGAUUCUCAACCAACAACAUCAAAAGGUCUUCUAUCAUACUGUUUUGACAUACCAGAAACUGACUUCAAAUCGACCUCAACAUCAUAUGACGAAUUAAAAGAGUAUAUGGCAUUAGAUGUUCAAUUGACUGAAGAUGAUAAUAUUUUAGAAUUUUGGUUACAGCAAAAAUCGAAAUUUCCAGUCUUAUUUUCUAUAGUUCAAGAUUUUUAUGCUGUACCAGCAUCAAAUACGACUAUCGAAAGACUUUUCUCAUCAUCCAAAAACACAAUAACGGAUAAACGCAGUAGUCUUGGUGCUGAAAAAUUAAAUCAGUUACUAUUUUUACAAAAAAAUUUGAAAUUACUCAACUCAUUCGAUAACAAUAAUUCUGUUAAAGUUAAUGAUGUUGAAGUGAAAAGAAAGAUGGACCAGCAAUCAUCCUCUACAAUUUUGAAUACAGACGAUGAACAAUCUAUUACUACAGCAACAAAAAAGUUUAAAAAGAAUGAAGAUGAUGUUACUCUUAUUGGUGAUGAUUAA